GGCUUGGAGAGAUGACGGAGGCUUUGUGUCAAGUAAUUCGGCCGGCUGUAUGGGUCAAACCACAGCGAUAUGACUUCAAAUCGGAAAAAAAAGAAUCGGAAGGAUGAAGCAUACAUGCAUGUACAUUCCACGUACGCACCAGAACAGGUGGACCGCACAAGUUGCCUAGCUUGUGGAAAGGAGUGUAUUUCUCUCGACAAGUGCAACAGUUUCUACAACAUGUCACUGAAUGCAAGAUGGGCCCUGGUGAAUGAUAAAAAGAUCUGUCGCAAGUGUUUAACCAAGCACUUCAAAGCUUGUGAAUGGAACAUUCCGUGCAAUCAGAACGGAUGUAGUUUUCUACAUCAUCGUCUGCUUCAUGAUGAUAGCAGACACAAGAAAUCAAUUUCAAGCUUUCCAUCUGAGUUCGCAUCCGUUAAUGCUCAUCACGGUUUGGGGGAAGUACUUCUCAAGUAUGUUCGGGUCACAGUGCAAGGAAAAGGGAAAUCGAUAUCAACGUUCGCCUUUCUUGAUGCAGGAUCAACCUCAACGCUGAUGGAGCAUAGUUUAUGGGAGGAGCUGAACCUCGAUGGUGAGGAGUCUCCGCUGCAUAUCUCAUGGACUGGCGAACAAGGGCGAUACGAGGAAAAUUCUGUAGUAUUUUCAGCUGAGAUAACUAGUGCUCAAAACCCAGAGUGUAGCUUCCGUAUUCCCAAAGUCCACACAGUGCGCAGCCUGAACCUUCCUGCGCAAACUAUGCCUGUAAAGGAUCUUGCAAAGCAUUACCGACACUUGUCGAAUCUACCCCUAGAGUCCUACGCUGCGGUGAAACCUCGUUUACUCUUGGGUGUUGACAGCUCUCGAUUAGAGUAUCCACUUGAUUCUAGAGAGGGGAAAGAGAAUCAGCCGAUCGCGGUACUCACUCGACUGGGUUGGGUGAUCUACGGUCCAUACUCUAUGACAGAGGAAAACAUCGGGAAGAAAGACGUUUCGUAUGAUGAACAAUCCAUGGAAUAUAUGCAAACAAAUAUCAUUCACAAGGAUAGAGGUUACGAGACCGCUCCAAUGCGACGCUGCGAAGAUGCCCGGUUGCCGAAGGGUGACUCCUUGCCCCUACAGCAAUACGACUGUUGGAACAAGCGUACUAGUCGCGAAUCUAAGCUAGUAAAGGAGCUGCAGGAGACAAAAAAUGGAACUUCAAUCAGAAGAAUACAUCCGCUAGUUGCUAGCACAGAAGAAAGCCACACACUCCGAAGAUUCGUGGUUUCCGCCGAUUUUUUCAGUUUGAAUCCCAGUGAGCUUGAAUUAGCGGAUCUCAAUCUCUGUUACAUACAAUCUGAAGGUGGUUUCGGAAUUCGAGGAUGGUGCACAAACUCCAGGAAAGUAUUACACGUCAUAUGCGAGCAAAGGAUAACUCAAAACGAUACGAAUCUUCGAAGCCGAAUGAUUACGUCUUUGACCGACAUCAACAAGCAGCCUACAAGAAAAAUCACCAAUGAAGUUCUGUGGAACAGUUUGAUGGAGAUGCAAAAUAUAAUAGAGCUCAGCCCCCUCACUCACGCCCCAAUUGAAGAAACCGAAAAUAAGGCUCUGAUACCCAGCCAUUACUUGCUAGGAUUCUUUGGCGGAACACAAUUCUUAGCAUUCUACGGCGAUACCACCGCUAUCCUAAUGAACAACCGGAAGUUUCUUCAAAAUUUCGCCAACAUCUUCUGGAAAAUAUGGCGAUUUAUUGUGGGUUCGAAUUUGCUGAAGAACUCAUUGUUGAAGAGCUACUGGACAUCGGCGCAACAGGAAGUGCUCAUGAACCCAGAUCCUGUGCACGGGGUGGGAGUGUUACGCCAUUUGCGUACGCGCCUUUGUCAUCGAUUAGCAGUAAUGUAUGUAUGACAAAAAUAUAAAUCCAAUUGGACUUUCCGUGUACAUUAUAUACUAUGCCCCCACUAUUAGUCAGCGUCACUGUACGCUCAGCAGUUAUCGUAGUUAUGCUAUAUGAGGAACCGCAGAAAACGGAACAAAACAAACUGAUGAUGAGCGAAUGAAUAGGCAUCGAUUAUUAGAUUAUCUUUAUGAGCAGUUUAAAAUUAUUAUGAAUUCUGGAUUCUAAACUUAAAUCUAAUACUUAAUUUAUCCUUAUUAGUUGUUGAUAGUACGAACAUUGCACAGAGGUAACAGCGGUGAGAAUAUUGGUGUGAAUUGAAGAUCGAUUAUUGAAGAUUGUGACGCAGUGCGUGAUAGACCUACCAAAUCCCUGCAGGCUUAUACUAAGGCAGAUAUUACAUACGUACCGUACAGGACCGCUUUCCGGAUAUAACGGGACAUUGUAAAAGACACUAAAC